AUGUCUGAACACACUGUGAGAAGGAAACUGGUCAUAAUUGGGGAUGGGGCUUGCGGAAAGACUUCUUUACUCUAUGUGUUCACGCUUGGAAAAUUUCCAGAGGAGUACCAUCCUACGGUAUUCGAGAAUUAUGUGACAGAUUGCAGGGUAGAUGGGAUCAAAGUGACGUUAACGUUGUGGGAUACUGCAGGUCAGGAAGAGUACGAGCGUUUGCGUCCAUUUUCAUAUUCUAAGGCCGACGUAAUACUGAUAGGAUUUGCAGUUAAUGAUCAUGAAUCACUGAUACACGCUAGGACAAAAUGGGCCGAGGAGGCACUUCGAUAUUGUCCUGAUGCACCUAUAAUCUUGGUUGGUCUCAAAAGAGAUCUAAGAAAUUUAAAGCCUGGAGAUUCCAAGUACAUGGAUUUGGUUAGCCAUGAAGAAGCUCAACAGGUAGCAAGACAGAUUGGCGCCAAAAAACUAUUGGAAUGCAGCGCACUGACAGGCGAGGGUGUGGACGAUGUUUUUGAAAUGGCUACAAGAACAAGCUUACUGGUGAACAAAGAGCCCGGAAAGCAGUGCUGUGUAAUUUCAUGA